AUGUAUGUCUCUGGCGAGACUGGAGAACCAUCAGUUGAGACCACCGGAAUUAUUGAAGACAUUGUUCGCCAGCAAGUCGUCGAGAUUUUACGAAGCUGUACAGAGCUUGCUGCUCGUCGCGGCUCUCGCGCUAUAACUAUCAAUGACCUGAUUUUCCAGAUCCGCGACGAUGCGCCAAAAGUUUCGCGCCUCCGCACCUUCCUCUCGUGGAAAGACGUUCGCAAGAAUGUCAAGGACUCGGACGACAAAGGUGGUGACGCUGACUUGGGCGCGGGGGAGGAUCCGGUGGGCGGCGUGGUUGCCGGCGGUCCCGUCGACGACACAACCAAGAAGAACAAAAAGGCUAGAGUUGGCCUACUCUGGGAUCCGUCGUCCUUCUACGGCGUAGAGGUGCCCGAGCGCGAGGACGAAGACGACGAAGAAGAGGAGGAGAUGAACUACAUCACGCUGCAGCGUCUGCGCAAGGCCGAUGAGCGCACUAAGGCCAUGACGCGCGAGGAGUACGUGACUUGGUCCGAGUUCCGGCAGGCGUCAUUCACGUACCGCAAGGGCAAGCGCUUCCGCGAGUGGGCGGGCUUCGGUCUCGUCACGGACAGCAAGCCGUCGGACGACAUUGUCGACAUCCUGGGCUUCCUGACAUUCGAGAUGGUGCAGACGCUCACCGAGGAGGCGCUCAAGAUCAAGGACCACGAGGAUCUUCUCAAGGAGCGCACGGGCGAGAGCGCCGGCGCCAAGAAGCGCAAGCUCGCCCAGGGCCUGUUCGACCCCCCCGGCGAAGGCCGCACCCCCGUCGAGCCGCGCCACGUCCAGGAGGCGUUCCGCCGGCUCCAGAUCCGGCCCAAGAAGCUGCGCGCCAUGCUCAACGGCACACGGCUGCAGCAGCGGACGUCGCUCAAGCUGUUCUAA